AUGACGAGACGUAACCCGGCGCUGGCGCCGCCGACGCGCUGCGUCGUUCGUCCUGCGCGGCUGAAACGCGCGCGCUUUAGAUCGAAUUAUGGCGUCGCCGUCGUGCUUCGCUGUCGCAGCUGGCGGCGCGCGCACUCACUGCGGAGUGACGUUCGUCACGGUCGCGGGCGUUUUUGAGUCUUCAGAGCGGCCCUCCGCGGCGGGCUACUUCAGUUCUCUUGUAGCAAAAUUAAGAAGAGUCGACGGUUGUAUGAGCGACGUCCGUAGUGUAAAUGGCGCUCCACUGCGUCUUUUCAUCGCUAAUAAUUGUGGGCAGAAAAGUCAAUGGGUACAGUUGGAUACAGCUGCAGGAGAGGUCGGCAGAGAUGCAAAAAAAAACAGAUGAUGUUGCCAGAUGAUGCGGAUGGAUAUUUUCAAAAUGAACUAAUUAAACAAGUGAGCGAGCGAUAUGGAUGUAGCUGGUCAGUUUGAAACUUACUUGUGAAGUAACCACGGAUCUCAUACAUUGGUAUAUGCUUACGUUCAGACGCGUAAAUGUAUAUUGCUUGAAAUAGUCAGGGAAUGACACCAAACGAAUAGCUUUGACGAAUAGCUUCUGCAACUCGAGGGAGCCAAGUGUGUUUACUAUAUAUUGAAAUUAAGUACAGCGGAUGUAAUUUGCUAUUUCAAGCUGGGCCACCGGCUAAUUCGUACAUUUGAGAAAAUGACGUGUCCAGAUCGUUUCGAGCAAUAUAACGGUUUGAUUAGCAAAAAACUCGUGAAUUUAUUAUA